CUGAAAAUUCUGCUUGAUGGCAAUUUACUAAACCAUCCUGAAAUAUUAUUAAAUAUGAUUAGUAAAAAACAAAAAAAAUUAUACCUACUAUACCACUAUGCCACUUUGUUGAAUUCUAUCAUACAUGUAAUUUUUAAGAAAAGGAAAAAUAAUAAAAAAUAAAUGCUGACAUUAAAGAGUAAUAUGAAAAUGAGUUUUGUUGCCUUUGAGUACACAAGGAACCACAUACGAGCAAAAACGAAGUAUCAUAUCAUAUGUGACAGUAAAGCGAUCCAUGCAGCUGAUUUACACAAGCCCCAGGAAACACAGAGUGUCUAAGUUACUAAAUGUCUAAGAAAUAAAAGAUAAAUGGUCUGUGAGUCUUAUCUAGAUAUUAGUGAAAUCAGAGCAAUUUGAGAAAAAAAACUUCAAGGGAGAAGGAGUGUACUUGAUGGGGUUAAAUUACAUAUUAAAGCUUAUACUGCUUGUGCCCUAUAAAAAAUCAUGUAAGAAACAGGAAAACCAACAUCUAACACUGAAAAUAUUUAGAAAGCCUGUGCUUAAGCAUAAAAAAAAAAGGAAAUAAGCUGGAAAAAAUAACCAUAUCAUAAUCUUCCCAUUUUCAUAUUAUUCACUCAUCACUACACUUGUACUGAAUGCAUGUAAUUUAUCACAUAGAAGCAAAAAUCUCUAAGCUUCUCCCUACUUCAGGUUUUUAGUCAAAAUGAAUGCAAACAAUCACGUGGGAUUCAGCCAGGCAAUGACGUUAAAUUCUGCUCUGUCAGAGAGAGCAUCUGUCAAGCCCACAUUUAAACUGCUGCCUGCCUGUGCAGCAGCUGAAGAACCGUGGAUUUCAUAUUACAGACUAAAACCCCAGUAAAACUGUUCAAAAUCCUUCCUGCAGCUGCCAGGCAACAACGAGAGAGAGUUAAAUCCUAUUCUUUUUCAAUACAAUCGAAGCACUACAUUCCAGCUCUGGCUGCUUUACAUUGCAGCUCAGUGUUAUUACUAGAAAUAUGGAUACUGAGAAGAGAAUACAGCACUGCAUUGUCCGGCCAGGAAAACAGCAGAUGUAAAAACCUUCAAUGCAUCAACUGUCGGGAAGAGUCAACAGUGCUCCAAAUAGAACGGACAACUACAGCUCUUUUGUUUAAGGAAAGAGAAAGAAAAUGAAAGGAAAAACCUCUGAAGACUAGGACCCCUAUGAACAAGGAGGGUAACCCGAAGAUAAGCAGACAGAUGGACACUUUGGAUACUGUGAAAAGCAAUCGCAGGAGGCAGACUAUUGGGGGAUGUGCACAUGUUCGAUAGCAUCUUUUUUGCUGAAGUGAUGGCGUGCCAAAAGUAUUUUCAGUGGGCAUAAUACUCUCGACAUAAAUGGCCUGACCGAGGAAGAAUGACUGCAAGGGAGACAACGUGACUAAAUUAGAAAAUGAUCACCAAAGAACAGUACUGAUUUAGAAGAAAGCAACAUUUUCAACCACCAAUAUCUCAUAUCCCAAAACUGGAUAUCUACAACAUGCUUCAGUGGAGGAGAAGACACUGCUGCUUUGCAAAAAUGAGCUGGAAUGCCAAGAGGUCUCUGUUCCGCACCCAUCUUAUUGGUGUGCUCUCUCUAGUGUUUCUUUUUGCUAUGUUCUUGUUUUUCAACCAUCAUGACUGGCUGCCGGGCAGAGCUGCAUUCAAAGACAAUCCUGUGACAUACACAUUCCGAGGAUUUCAUUCUACAAAAAGUGAGACAAACCACAGUUCUCUUCGGAACAUUUGGAAAGAAACAGUCCCUCAAACUCUGAGGCCUCAAACAGCAACGAACUCCAAUAAUACAGACCUGUCACCACAAGGAGUUACAGGGCUAGAGAAUACACUUAGUGCCAAUGGAAGUAUUUACAGUGAAAAAGGAACCAGAUACCCAAAUUCUUACCAUUUCAAAUAUAUUGUCAACGAACCUGAAAAAUGUCAGGAGAAGAGCCCUUUUCUAAUACUACUAAUAGCUGCAGAACCUGGACAAAUAGAAGCUAGAAGAGCUAUUCGGCAGACAUGGGGCAAUGAAAGUCUAGCACCUGGUAUCCAAAUCACACGAAUUUUUUUGUUGGGUGUAAGUAUUAAGUUAAAUGGCUACCUUCAACGUGCAAUAUUGGAAGAAAGCAGACAAUAUCAUGAUAUUAUUCAACAGGAAUACUUAGAUACAUAUUAUAAUUUGACCAUUAAAACACUAAUGGGCAUGAACUGGGUUGCAACAUACUGUCCACAUAUUCCAUAUGUUAUGAAAACUGACAGUGACAUGUUUGUCAAUACUGAAUAUUUAAUACAUAAGUUACUGAAGCCAGACCUGCCUCCCAGACAUAACUAUUUCACUGGUUACCUAAUGAGAGGAUAUGCACCAAAUCGAAACAAAGAUAGCAAAUGGUACAUGCCACAAGACCUCUACCCAAGUGAGCGCUACCCUGUCUUCUGUUCUGGGACUGGUUAUGUUUUUUCUGGAGAUCUGGCAGAGAAGAUAUUUAAAGUUUCUUUAAGUAUCCGUCGUUUGCACUUGGAAGAUGUGUAUGUAGGGAUCUGUCUUGCCAAGUUGAGAAUUGAUCCUGUGCCCCCUCCCAAUGAGUUUGUGUUCAAUCACUGGAGAGUUUCUUAUUCAAGCUGUAAAUACAGUCACCUAAUUACCUCUCAUCAGUUCCAGCCUAGUGAGCUGAUAAAAUACUGGAACCAUUUACAACAAAAUAAGCACAACGCUUGUGCCAAUGCAGCAAAAGAAAAGGCAGGCAGGUAUCGUCACCGUAAACUACACUAGAAAAGACAGCCUUUUCUUUUUUUAAUGUGCAAUCUGUAAAAUAUUGCUAAAAGCAUGUAUAGUUAAAAUUGAUUACAUCCAUAGGACAAGUUUUAGUUAAAACUCAUCACAUAAAAGAAUUCAAAAGAUAUUUUUUUAAUUUCUGAAGAAGGUAAUUCUUAAAACUACAACAUUAUAUAACAAAAAGAUAUCCUAAAAGAAUCUAUUUAAAAAAACUGUUUAAAGGGAUUCUGUGUAUUACAUGCAAAAAUAAGCAUGCAUACAUCAAUGGUUCAAGUCUUAUGCUAGGAGGCCAGUAAGAUGUAUUUGCAUAUUACUUUUCACAUACAUUUUAAUUUAAGAAAUGGAGACAGUAAAAAGAACCUUGAUUUUAGAUGCAGUUUUUCAUUUCAUUAUAUAAUUAAAUGUAAAUAAAACAUCACUGUCAAUUUUAAGGAACCUUUGUAAUUGUGCAAGGACAAAUUCCAACCUGAUUAUUUUAGGGUUCUUAAAACUGUAUUCAUGCAAUAAGAUUUAGUUGAGGUAUCCCAAAAGCACAUUUAUAAAAUUCAAAGGUUUCAUCAAUGCAGUUCUCACUGAAGUAUUUUUUUGAUCAUUAAUAUACAAUCACGUGAGCAACACUGUGUUUACUAGACUCCCCCUAUUAUCAAGUCCCCACCACAUACCCCACUACAGUCACUGCCCAUCAGCAUAGUAAGAUGCUAUAGAGUCACCACCACUACUUGUUGAAGUACUUACUUUUUAAAAACAAUCGAGAUACUCAUUUUCUUUUGGUACAUAUAUGGGGGAACUAUUUUGACAAGAUGUGAUAAAAUGUGAAAAAUCAAUGUGUCUCAGGCUUAAGUUUUUAUUUAAAAAAAAAAAGGAAAUGUUCAAAAUAGAUAGUUUGUUUCUUUGUUGGUGUUAAGGGCCAAGCCAGUAUUUCAAUGAAUUAGUCAAUUACAUCAGUUACUGCACCUUUUAAAAGAGUACCACUACUUAAUUACAAGCGUAUCUGUAAAAAUUUAUCAUGUUCCUCUAAGUGAAGCAAAAGUGAUUACUUACAGGCACAAAGAGAAUGAAUGUAAUGUUGAAAAAAGAUACAAUGCAGCAGCAGUUUCAUUCAACACAUUUUUUAAGAUGCAUGUCUGCCAAACUGCAACAUAUGGGAAGGUUAUUUCCUGACAGCAGGUGUACACACUCCAAUACUUAAAUCAUUUUAUGGCACCUACUUCUUUCUCUGAGUGCAAGUUUACAAACCUACAGCUUUUAAUUUGGUAGAUGACAAAUAUUCUGCAUCACCAAUUUAAAACCUUUCUGGGAGGGAUGGGGAAAACUACAAAUGUUUGAUGAACACUUGAUUCUGGGAUGAACAAUGUAUACAAUAUACUUUUAUCAAGUUUUUAAUAAAAAAGGGUAAAUAAAAAUCUUUACUGAGUGUUAUGGUACAAAUAUUUUCCACCAUAAUUUUGUUUGGCUCCAUUACAAAUUUUAAAAUCUAGAAAGAUAUACUAAUAACCCACUAACUUUAAAAUAGUGUUUUUAUUUCAUACAAGUAUAUAAUUUUAUCAAUCUUAAUUUAGUCAGAAUGUUACUUAUCCUAAUUCUUAAUCAUUUUUACCCUUGAUUCUGUUCUGAAGAGAUAUUGCAACAAAACAGAAUUGUAACAUUUGUUAAAGUUCAGAAUCUCAGAAACUAUUUUAAGUACUUAUUAUUUAAUAUGCUGAGUCCUAUUUAUACUCAGUUUAUCUCAUUUUCAAUUCAGUAGUCUAAAUAGUCUAUUCUACAUAGAGAAAUGCUGAAAGCUAAGCCAUAUAACACGCCUUGCUCUUGGUUAAGUCUGUUUCUCAUUUAAUUUAUUGUAUGAGAUGACAAACAACUAAAAUUACUAAAUACCAAAAUUAGUAUGUAAAAGUCACACAUUAAGACAAUAUUACCAAGUUAGAUAAAUUUGGUGAAAGAUAAAAGGAGUCCUUCCCUCGAUGUAAAGUAAUUCUCUCAUUUGUACUUCAGAAGUUUGAAAAAUAAAAAAAAGUACGCGUAUAUGCAUGUGUACAUGCACAGGUAUGGACACAGAAACACAACCUAAGUGCUACUGUCCAAAUCAUGUUUAUAGUGCAGGAACUUUAAAGACAGUAUUUCCUUCUGGAAAAAUUCAAGUUUAAUAUGUGGACUUAUGGAAAACAAAAUUCUUAACACAACAAAAUUCCUCCUAUCUCAGGUAUCAAUUUAAGAUCAUCUUUGUAUCUCAGCUAAUACUCUAUUGAAAACUGAUGGUUAUCUAAUGACAUUAGGAAUUCCAAAAGAACACUGAAUCAAG